GAAGAUAUUACAUUUGUUAAAAAGAUUGGAAUUGGAGGAUUUUCAAAUGUUUAUUUGGGAAAGUGGAACCAGUCGUUUGUGGCUGUCAAAUCUGUUGAAAAUCAAGACGAUAGAGCUGAUGAUGUAUUUGAAAAAGAAGCACAAACUUUGUGUGCCCUCAAACAUCCAAAUAUUAUCACUUUUUAUGGAAUUUCAUUUUCAGAGAGCAGAAAAUUGCUGAUUGUGGAAUAUUUUGAAAAGGGAAGUUUAGAUAAGUACAUUGAAGCACUCACUACAAGGAAGAUUAAUUGCUCUCUAGAGAAAAAGAUCAAUUACUUGUUGCAUAUUGCUAAUGGAAUGGCCUAUCUUCACUCGUACAAACCUAAUCCUAUUGUUCACAGAGAUUUGAAACCAGCCAAUGUUUUAAUGUCAGAGAAUGGAAUUCUCAAGAUAUGUGAUUUUGGAUUGAGUAGAAGUUUGAAUUACGAAACCAAGUCAGCCAUGACAUCCAAUAUUGGAAGUUUCUAUUAUUUGUCUCCA